AUGGUGAAUCGUCUUAGAGUUAAACUAAAUGGUCAUAAUGCUACUGUUUCGUCAUCGUCCUACACGUCAUCAUCUCAAUCGGCUGUUAUUGCUACAAAAUCGAAGGAUAAACAAACAGUAAGUGUCAAAAAACAUCAACAUUUGUCAGAAAAUGAAGAGAAUGAUGAUGAUGCACCUGUCUUAUAUAUGUAAGUGUCUUGCUUUUCUUUUAACUGAAGAAAGUGUUAAUGUUUAUAAUCUUUUUUCCAAUUUGCAGUGAUACUACGUCAACUGAUGCUAAACUUGCUAAGAGUACAAAUAGUGGUGUAAAAAAGAAACGUAUGAAAAAAUAGCUAUUUCAAACUUUUUUCUUUGUAAAUUUUACUGUUGUUCUUGUGAUAUUAGGUUCUAUAUUUAUUAAAGAUUAAAUUUAAAAGCGAAGAGAAAAUAUUUCUUUUUCGUUUAAUUAUAGGUAAAAUAAUAAAAAUAAAAGCAAUCUUGAUUGGUUACAUUUAUCAAAACGCUCUUCAUCCUCUACCGUAGACUAAAAAAUAAGCUUGUUACUUCACAAUCUCUGAAAAGAGAGCAAACAUUAACAUACCCACUGAAAAAAAUAAUCAAAAUUCAUGCAGGAUCCCGCGAGUUAUCGGUAUUAAAAUAUUUGGAGAUGUUUCUUACCUUUACGCAGGAUUUUUAUACUGUCAGCCCUGACAGAACCCUGCAUAGUUUAUGUAGAGUCAUCAUGGAAAAAAUCCUGCGUAAAGGUAAGAAACAUCGCAAGACUUUUUGACUUAUUCAACUCACAAGUUUUUUCCUACGAGAUCCGGCAGAAUUUUGUUGCUUGAAAGAAAAAGCAUUUUGUUCUCCAUGUCUAUCCUGCGGUAUCCAGCAAUCUUUUCUCACCAAUGUCUGUCAGGAUGACCGUGGAGGAAGUUGUCUGUAUUUUAUUUUUUUUGGAAAGUUAAGUACUUUUUUCUUAUAAAGUUAUAAAAAAUUUUCUCGUGUUCAAUAAACUUCUAGAAAACGUAUACCUUAAUAUUUUGACUUUAACACGCAUUUUCAUGUGUACAAAACCAAACUAUUAAUAGAUAGUUGAAAUGAUCUUUUUUAUGUCAGGAAUAUUCUAUUUUUUUUCAUCAAUAAGACAUUAAAGUCAUUAGAAUGAUCACGCUACUAUGAGAAAAAGAUGUAUAGCAAAGCAGAGAUAUAACACUAUUCUAAAUUUCUUCAGCUUUGAAUGGUAUCUUCUCGUUUCGUCCCGUUUAUUUUCUAGCAUUCUAUUCCUUUUUUUCUAUCAAUUGUGUACUAAUUAAUGUUAAUAUAAGUCAUUAAGAUAAGGAUUAAAGUUUUUUUGUGCCCGGAAUUAAGACAGAUUUGUGCGCGUUUAAGACUUUUUGUGUCCGAUCCGCGUACAAAAAAAUCUUUUGACACUUUUGUGCCCGAAGACAGAUAUGUGCUCGGAUUUGAUUGAUUUGUUCUCAGUUUUAAUUAGAUCAGGAAUAAUAAUGAGAAAGGUUAUUAUCACCAUUUAUUUACUGACGUACUCUCUAAAAAAAAUCCGUAGCUUACAAAACGAAUAUCGGUUUUGGCAUUUGCUCCUAAUAGAAAUCGAUAUCCGUAUCGUAGAGU